AUGGGCUCCGGCGGUUCCCUCCACUCUAGUGAUUAUCAAGCUAAAGAGUUGGAAUACAAAUCCAGGUUGGCUAAACUCGAGAGAAAGCUCGCGAAUGAACGAUCGCACUCUUGUUGCCUCAAAAAGCGUCUUGAGAACGCCAUGAGCGAAGCUAAGGACUUGACUAUACCGUUAACGAUGUUAAAUUUGCAAAUCUGA